CUAGUUCCUUUGCCAGGAAGCUUAGAACCACUCUUAAUUUAUAUAACCUACAGUCCAGAGAGCUGCAAAACAACAACUUCAGGAAUAGCCAUGCCGAUCUAUUCAUCUGAUUCCGACGAACAACCUGAGACUCCAAUUCGAUUGUUUGAUCAUCAAAAGUCCAUUCAUGCUCUCCUAGGAGGAGGACAAGUUGCUGACAUAUUGUUAUGGAGGAACAAGUACGUAUCAGCUGCAAUCCUAAUCGGGUUUACGAUCAUCUGGUUUCUUUUCGAAGUUUUGGAGUACCAUUUUGUUACUCUUCUGUGUUACAGCAUGCUCUUCCUGAUGCUUGCCAUUUUCAUUUGGUCUAAUGGGGCAGGAUACAUAAAUUGGAAUCCUCCCGAUGUCGACAAGUUUACAUUAUCUGAGCACACGGUUCGAUCAUUUCACUCAAAAAUCAAUACGGUGUUGUCAACCUUCUAUCGUGUUUCACGAGGGGAAGAUUUAGCACUCCUCGGCGUGGCAAUUGUCACCCUCUUGACAUUGUCAGUUAUUGGAGAUUGUUUCAGCUCUUUGAACGUCUUGUACAUUGGCUUUCUCUGCCUGGAAACUCUACCAGCAUUGUAUGAGCGAUAUGAGGAGCAGGUGGAUGAAAUCGCUGAUAAGGGAAACCGAAACGUGAAGAAAUUGUACAGGAAAUUCGACUCCCACGUUCUUAACAAGAUUCCAAGAGGGCCCGUGAAGGAAAAGAAAUUCAGAUGAAUUUGUAAUCGAAGAUGAUUUCUGGGUGUGGUGAAUAUUUGUCCGGGAAAAUCUUAUGCUUGUGUGCAUGAUUUGUGAUCGAUGUGGGAUGUGAGAUUCUCAUGGAGAUGUAAUCUAAUAAGAUUUGAAUUUGAAUAACAAAUACAAACAUGAUAUAUUAAAAAACCCAA